AUGCCAAAGUUGGGCGUUAGCUCCUUGAAUCCCAGCAACGGCUCGCGCGAGCUCGACGUGACAAACUUGAGGAACUUGGAACGCAUCGAGUUGUCGAACUCUUCCAGCAGCUCAAACAGAUCGAUCACCGUUUGGUCGUUCAUCGAAAAACCGCCUAAAGCGGUGUUCUUCUUGAGGUCUUCGAUGCUGAUCUCACGCUCGCCGCCGGAAAUCAACUUGGCAACUUCGUACUGGUUGAAGAACGACAGCCAUUUGGGCUUGAUGAUCUGCGAUAAGCCCUCGAUGAAGUACCGCGACUGGAUUGCAAUCGACUGGUCCAUCUUGAACUUGGCCAUGCAGUAG